GAAAGUAUAUAUGUAUGGCCAUGCAUGCCAUAAGCUGCUGAUAACAUCUCUUCUCUGUAAAACAUGACGAUUGCUCACUCUUGGAGGAGGUGCACUGUGAGGCAAUGAGUGGCAAUUGUGGAGUAAAUCAGAAAGAAAGUAUGUGUGUGUAAUGUGGUCUCUCUAGUGAAGAUUUGUGAAAAAGGAAUCAAAUAUGGCUUUUGAACCUUUGAUUUGGUAUUGUCAGCCGGUAGCAAAUGGGGUAUGGGCCAAAGCAGUAAAUAGUGCUUUUGGCUCAUACACACCUUGUGCAAUUGACUCGCUAGUAAUCUGUAUAUCUCAUUUGGUUCUACUUGGCCUUUGCUCUUAUCGAAUAUGGUUGAUUAAGAAUAAUACCAAUGCCAACCGGUUUCGCUUGAGGUCGAAUUACUAUAAUUAUAUCUUGGGGCUGUUGUCUGGUUAUUGCACUGUUGGGCCUUUAUUAAGGUUGGUGAUGGAUUUUUCAAUCUUUAACCUGGAUGGGCAGAUCGGGUUUGCACCUUUUGAGAUAAUUGCUUUGAUCAUCGAAGCUCUUGCUUGGUGUGCCAUGGUGAUAAUGAUUGGCUUGGAAACUAAAAUCUACAUUCGGCAAUUUCGGUGGUAUGUACGGUUUGGAGUCAUUUAUGUUUUGACAGGAGAUGCCGUGCUGCUCAAUCUUAUUCUUUCAGUGAGGGGUUAUAACAGUAGAUCUCCACUGUUUUUGUACAUCAGUACAGUUUGCUGCCAGGUCUUAUUUGGAAUUCUUCUUGUUGCUUAUGUUCCUAAGCUGGAUCCUUAUCCGGGAUACAUUAUGAUGCAAGCCGAGUCUCUUGACAAUGUUGAAUAUGAAGCACUUCCUGGAGAAGAAAAAAUUUGUCCUGAGAGGCAUGCCAAUAUAUUUGCCAGAAUAUAUUUUGGGUGGUUGACUCCACUCAUGCAGCAAGGUUACAAAAAACCUAUCACUGAAAGAGAUGUUUGGAAGCUAGACACAUGGGAUCAGACCGAGACACUUAUUACAAAGUUCCAGAGAUGCUGGAUCGAGGAAUUGCAAAAGUCAAACCCAUGGCUUUUAAGAGCAUUGAAUAAUAGCCUUGGUGGAAGGUUUUGGUGUGGAGGCUUCUUCAAGAUUGGAAAUGAUCUUUCUCAAUUCGUGGGACCAAUUCUUUUGAAUCGUCUCUUAGAGUCAAUGCAACGAGGUGAUCCAGCUUGGAUUGGUUACAUGUAUGCCUUCUCAAUUUUUGUUGGGGUGUCACUUGGCGUGCUAUGCGAGUCUCAGUAUUUUCAGAAUGUUAUGCGUGUUGGUUUUCGGCUGAGGUCAACUUUGGUGGCUGCUGUAUUCCGCAAAUCUUUAAGACUAACCCAUGAGGGUCGCAAGAAGUUCUCGUCUGGCAAGAUAACCAAUAUGAUGACAACUGAUUGUAAUGCACUGCAGCUAAUCUGUCAACAACUUCACGGAUUAUGGUCAGCUCCAUUUCGUAUCAUCGUAGCUAUGCUUCUUCUUUACCAGCAACUAGGUGUUGCUUCACUUCUUGGAUCACUACUGCUAGUUCUCAUGGUCCCUAUACAGACCAUUGUGCUUAGCAAAAUGCGGAAACUGACCAAGGAAGGACUGCAGUGGACUGACAAGAGAGUCGGCCUCAUGAAUGAGAUCUUGGCAGCCAUGGACACUGUGAAAUGUUACGCAUGGGAGACAAGCUUCCAAUCUAGAGUUCAAAGCAUAAGGGAUGAUGAGCUGUCUUGGUUUCGCAAAGCACAAUUACUAUCUGCUUUGAACAGCUUUAUACUGAACAGCAUCCCAGUUGUUGUAACGGUGACUUCUUUUGGGUUGUUUACUUUGCUUGGUGGGAAUUUGACCCCAGCACGGGCAUUUACAUCACUUUCACUGUUUACAGUGCUGCGAUUUCCUUUGAACAUGCUUCCUCUCUUAUUAAGUCAGGUUGUAAAUGCUAAUGUGUCAUUACAACGCUUGGAGGAACUAUUCUUAGCUGAGGAGCGAGUUCUACAGCCAAAUCCACCUCUUGAACCAGGGCUUCCAGCAAUCUCUAUUAAGGAUGGCUACUUUUCAUGGGAUUCAAAGGCAGAUAAGCCCUCAUUAUCAAAUAUCAAUUUGGACAUACCAGUUGGCAGCUUAGUUGCAGUUGUUGGCGGUACGGGAGAAGGAAAGACAUCAAUAAUUUCGGCAAUGCUGGGGGAGCUGCCUCCUGUGGGAGAUACUACUGUUGUUAUCAGAGGAACAGUUGCCUAUGUACCGCAAGUUUCAUGGAUUUUCAAUGCUACUGUGCGUGAAAAUAUAUUGUUUGGCUCAGAAUUUGAAGCUGCACGAUACUGGAAGGCCAUUGACGUAACCGCAUUACAGCACGAUCUUAACUUACUUCCUGGCUGUGAUCUCACAGAGAUUGGUGAAAGGGGGGUUAAUAUUAGUGGUGGGCAAAAGCAGAGAGUGUCCAUGGCCAGGGCUGUCUAUUCAAAUUCCGACAUAUACAUAUUUGAUGACCCUCUAAGUGCUCUUGAUGCUCAUGUUGCUCGACAGGUUUUUAAUAGCUGCAUAAGGGAAGAACUGCGUGGAAAAACCCGAGUUCUUGUCACAAACCAGCUACAUUUCCUCCCUCAGGUGGAUAGGAUUAUCCUGGUCUCUGAAGGCAUGGUCAAAGAGGAUGGAACCUUUGAGGAGCUAUCAAAAAAUGGUGUUCUAUUUCAGAAACUAAUGGAAAAUGCUGGGAAAAUGGAAGAACAAGAGGAAGAAAAGGAAGAUGGUAAAAAAUACGAUCAGAAAAGCUCUGAACCAGCUUCAAGUGGGGUAGAGAAUGAGCUUUCAAAAGAUGCAAUCUAUAAAAAGAAAGGGAAAGGAGGGAAAUCUGUGCUUAUUAAACAAGAAGAACGAGAGACAGGUGUUGUUAGCUUGAACGUUUUGGUGAGGUACAAAGAUGCAGUAGGAGGUCUAUGGGUUGUUUUGAUACUCUUUAUGUGCUAUUUGCUAACGGAAGUUCUUCGAGUUUCAAGUAGCACAUGGUUAAGUGUUUGGACAGAUCAAAGUGCUUCCGAGAAUUAUAGACCAGGCUACUACAUUCUUAUUUAUGCACUUCUUUCAUUUGGCCAGGUAGCUGUGACGCUUGCAAACUCCUAUUGGUUGAUCAUUUCCAGUCUUCAUGCUGCCAAAAGCUUGCAUGAUUCCACGCUAAAGUCUGUUCUACGAGCUCCAAUGUUAUUCUUCCACACUAAUCCAACUGGACGGAUAAUCAAUAGGUUUGCAAAGGAUCUAGGUGAUAUAGAUCGCAAUGUCGCAAACUCUAUGAAUAUGUUUAUGGGCCAAGUGUGGCAGCUUCUUUCAACUUUUGUUCUGAUUGGCACUGUAAGCACCAUAUCCCUGUGGUCCAUAAUGCCGCUUCUGAUCUUCUUUUAUGCAGCCUAUCUAUAUUAUCAGAGCACAUCCCGUGAAGUGAAACGCUUGGAUUCCAUUACCAGAUCUCCUGUUUACGCACAAUUUGGAGAAGCGUUAAAUGGUUUGUCAACUAUACGAGCAUACAAAGCAUAUGACCGGAUGGCUAACAUUAAUGGGAAGUCUAUGGAUAAUAAUAUCAGAUUCACUCUUGUGAAUAUUAGUUCAAAUCGUUGGCUCACCAUAAGGUUGGAAACAUUAGGAGGCCUCAUGAUUUGGUUGACAGCAACCUUUGCUGUCUUGCAGAAUGCUAGACAGGAAAAGCAGGUGGCCUUUGCAUCUUCGAUGGGUCUACUUCUUAGUUAUACUUUGAAUAUAACAAAUCUGCUGAGUGGUGUUCUGAGACAAGCAAGUAGGGCUGAAAAUAGUUUAAAUUCAGUUGAGCGUGUUGGCACAUAUAUAGAUUUGCCUUCUGAGGCUCCAUCUGUCAUUAAGAGCAACCGUCCCCCACCUGGUUGGCCUUCAUCAGGAUCAAUUACAUUUGAGGAUGUUGUCUUGCGUUACAGGCCUGAACUUCCUCCAGUCUUGCAUGGAUUGUCCUUUACAGUUCCUCCAAGUGAGAAGUUGGGAAUAGUCGGAAGAACCGGUGCUGGGAAAUCUAGCAUGCUUAAUGCAUUAUUUCGGAUUGUAGAAAUGGAAAGAGGAAGAAUUUUAAUUGAUACUUGUGACAUUGCUAAGUUUGGACUGACGGAUUUGCGGAAAACUCUUAGUAUCAUACCACAAUCACCAGUUCUUUUCUCAGGAACUGUACGAUUUAAUCUUGAUCCUUUCAGUGAAAACAAUGAUGCUAACCUUUGGGAGGCUUUAGAAAGGGCACAUCUAAAGGAUGUCAUAAGGAGGAAUUCUUUUGGCCUGGAUGCUGAGGUCUCAGAGGGAGGAGAAAAUUUCAGUGUUGGACAGAGGCAGCUGUUAAGUCUUGCCAGAGCAUUAUUGCGAAGGUCGAAAAUUCUUGUUCUAGAUGAAGCUACUGCAGCUGUUGAUGUUAGAACUGAUGCACUUAUCCAGAAAACCAUUCGUGAAGAAUUCAAAUCCUGCACAAUGUUCAUUAUUGCUCACAGGCUAAAUACUAUAAUCGACUCCAAUCGAAUUCUUGUGCUUGAUGCUGGUCAGGUUUUAGAAUAUGAUACCCCAGAGGAACUUCUAUCAAAUGAAGGAAGCGCAUUCUCCAGGAUGGUCCAAAGCACAGGGCCUGCAAAUGCUCAGUAUUUACUUAGCUUAGCACUUGGAGGUAAAGAGAACAAGUCCAGCAGAGAAGAAACCAAGCAAAGGAGAUGGUUUGCCUCUUCCCGCUGGUCUGCUGCCACUCAGUUUGCCCUGACUGUUAGCCUCACUUCUUUAGAGGAUGAUCUUCAGAUUCCACACAUGGAAGACAAGAACAAUAUUCUGAAGAAAACAAAGGAUGCAGUUAUAACCCUGCAGGGAGUUUUGGAGGGAAGGCAUGACAGAAUCAUAGAUGAGACAUUAAAUGAGUAUCAGGUCCCCACUCAUACUUGGUGGUCUGCUCUUUACAAAAUUGUUGAAGGUCUCUCUUUGAUGAGCAGGUUAGCUCACGACAGGCACCAACGUUUAGACUAUGAUUUUGAAGAAAGAUCCUUAGAUUGGGACAGUGCUGUAAUGUAAAAACAAUGACAAAAACUUCCUACUUGCAAUGUCUUGUUGAUUCAGAGAAGGGGAAUCAUCACUGGCAUAUUAUCAUUUAUGUAGAAUAUGACAUCUGUCUACAUAUAAUCAUUUAUAAAUCAACUUAGAUAAAUUAGAAAGUGUCU